CGUUUGCGGAACGUUGGCGGUCUUGUUGCUGUUUAUUUUCUAGUCGCGAAUUUUUGAGAAUUGUAAAUUUUUGAAUUGAUUUCGUUGGGUUUUGCUAAAAUGCGGCUGUUUGUUCAAGUGUGCUGCGCCCUGGGCAAAAGUAUCUCAACUUAGUUGGCUAUCGACAAACGUGAAACCAAAUAUACCAAUUUUAAAAUUUAAAAACAAAACUCAUAAUCAUUGCGAGCAGUACAAAAAUAAAAUAAAAUAAAAUAAAUAAUAAUCGUAAAAAUCGAGUAAAGAAACGUGACAAAAUGAAUAAGUGUGACAAAAUGCUGAGUUUAUUUAAGAAAUCGAAAAUAUCGUCUUCUCAAAAAUCGGAGAUAAUCACCGAUCCCAAAGAGUCGAAGACGCCGCCCGUCUCCAAAUGUGGCAAGUCGCUGCUGCUGGACAAUUCGCGCUGGGAGCGCCGCCUGCAAAAAGAGCUGAUGUCCCUGAUCAAGGAGCCACCGCAAGGCGUAACUGUUGACACCGAAAGCGUACAUCAAAAUUUAUCCGAAUGGAAAAUAAAUAUUAAAGGUUCCGAGGGCACACUUUAUGAGGGCGAAGACUUUCAGCUGCUGUUCAAGUUCAACAAUAAAUAUCCCUUUGAAUCGCCCGAGGUUACAUUCAUUGGCACCAAUAUACCCGUGCAUCCACAUGUUUAUAGCAAUGGUCACAUAUGCCUAUCCAUACUGACCGAGGACUGGUCACCGGCGCUCUCGGUGCAAGCCGUGUGCCUUAGCAUAGCCUCCAUGCUGAGCAGCUGUCGCGAGAAGAAGCGACCGCCGGAUAAUACACUCUACGUGAAGACAUGUAAUAAGAAUCCCAAAAAGACUAAAUGGUGGUACCACGAUGAUUCUGUUUAGUUAACGUUGCAAUUUAUGACUACUGCCUGCUGCUUUCGUUGCGCAUUCAACACAACAACAACCAGAACAACAACAAGACGAUGACAUCACAAAGCACAGAACUCUGUGCCUGCCUGCCUGCCAGCAAGGACAUCGCCAGCAACAGCAACCAGAAUACAACAAUCACAACAAAACAAUCAUAACACAAAAAAAAAACCCAACAAAACAACCAAUAAGAAAUUAGACAACAAAUCAACAACAAUUUUCAGCAAACAAAAACUCAACUCCGAACUCUUCUUAAGGCCUAAUCAUUUUAGGUUCAAAUUAGCUGUGACAGUUGAAAUCCGCGUUGUUAUUCCUUAAAAGAUACAAAGCAUACAUAAUAUAUACACACAUAUAUAUAUAUAUAGAUAUAUAUAUAAAUACAAUACCGAGCAGUGCACUUUGAGAGCAACAAAUGCAAGAAAAUAAAUAUAAAUAAAACUGGCUUGCAGCUGGGCUACAACAAAAUAGUUAAACAUUGAUAUGAUGUAUAUAGUUAUAUACUAAAAAGAACACAUACAGCAAACAAUCAACACCGACGCAAGCGAGAAAUUUAUAAAAGAGAAAUCAUAGCAGCAUCUUGAAACAACUGUAUAAAAAAUGAAAUAACAUAAACUAUAUAUAAUUAAAUGUUAACAUUUUAAAUUAGAUUUAAGGCGCAAAAUUAACGUCUAAAUUAAACGUUAUUGAGACCCUAACAAUUAAGCAUACUCUGUAAGGGCGCAGUGUAAAGCCCUACACCGCCGCACACCCCAUACCCCACCCACUCCUUCCAUCAUUCCCGCCCGGUCAGAUGCGUUGCUGCCGCCCUGAGAGUGGCAGCUGCCACAUUCCAAGAUGCUCAAGUCAAGCAGCUAUUUCCACGGGGCCUGCCGGCUGCUGAAACACGGGUGGACCAAAUAACCAUAACAACAAGCCACAUUUAACUAUAGUCUUUAAUUUAUUAAUGAUUUUGUAAGUGAAUGUUGCAUGCUUCCGUGUUUCCAAUUGAUAAACGAAACUCGAUAAAUAAGAAGCAUGCCACAUACACAGAUCGAAGACAUUCAAAAUGUAUUCGCUCGCUGUAUAUGUGCGAUUAAAUCGUUCAAUAUUCAUUCAUUUAUUUUUAUAAUCAUUGUAUAAUCUUUGGUCAUCAGAUUUAUUGCAUCAUCAACGUAAAAAAGCCUCGAUAAGUUUAUAAUUUCUACUUAUAAUUUUGGCAAAGGACAUAGCAAUCCCCAAGUGCGGCCAAAAUCUCAUGUGGCACGUUCGCAAAAAACAUAUUUACCUCUUAAUGUGCAACUAGAAUAUGAAAUGUGGCGAGUGACUCGCCGACAAAACCAGAUCAUUUUAUGUGUAAUACUAUGUAUAAAUUAUAUUAUACCUACCUUAUGUGUAUCGUACCCGCGUAUGUCUACAAAUAUAUCUAGCAUAUGUAGCUAUGCCUAUGAAAAUUACUGUUAAACAAUUAUUUAAUAAAACACCCAAGUCUGUAA